AUGCACCUCGAGAUGCUUCAAGCCGGGCAGCGCGCACCACCUCACACCGUGCGAUGCGUCGGCGGAGAAAAAGAGACAAUCCUACGACCUGUGGCCAAAAAGAAUCAGCAUGGCCCCUUGAUUUUCUGUAUUGCAUUUGACUACACAUUCCUCCAAACCUGCCAAAAAAGUCAGGAGGAACAACCAGGUGAGGCCAAUCGUCAACGCCGUGGACCCGGCGCCGUGACGGAGAGGCUUGCGCUAAUGACGCUAGCACGCCCGGUGGGGGAGCCGGCUCCGGUGGUCGGCCACCGUGCGGGUGCGGAGAAAUGGCGAAGGGCUGAGGACGGUUCGAAAUGUGUGUUUGCGGGAGACGCGGGUAACACGAGUGGGAUGAGGGAGAUUUGGGUGAGGGAAAUACUGGACAAUGCUAGUUCAACUCAAUUAUGGAGGAAGCGAGAGAACAAUCGCACAAUGGCAAUGGCAGCGAGCAGAAUUUGGCCGACAAGUUUGGUGGAAAUGGCCGACGCCACGGCUGGUUGCGAGAGGGAUUUGCGUACACCGGGCAGCCAUCGGCCGACGGGUUGUGGAGAGAGGGGUCAUGGGGUUCGAGUAAGGACGGGGUAA